CUUCUCCCUUUCGCCUUCUGGACUCUGGUGCUCUCCUUCCUCUGGUGUGACCGCGUGAGGCCGACGCGCGACACCGACCCCUAGGGUUUGCGCCGUCUCGUCGCCGAUCGAACCGGCAGCUCGCCGCCGUCGACGCCGCGAUGCAGAGGUACGGGCUGCAGCUGCGCACGAAGCCGGCGGCGUCCUCGUCGUCGCGCGCGCCGCCGCCGCCGGCGCGGCCCCUGGCGGCCUUCGCCGACGACGAUGACGACGAUGUUGAGGCCGAGAUCCUCCGCCAGGCCGCCAAAAAGCGCGCCCUCCAGAAGGUGGAGGAGCAGAAGAAGAAGGCCAUAGAGGAGGAUCCAUCGGUGUACGCGUACGACGAGGUGUACGACGACAUGAAGGAGAAGGAAGCCCGCCCCAAGAUGCAGGCUAAGGUCGUCCGCGAGUCAAAAUACAUUGCACAACUUAAGGAAAAAGCAGAGCAACGUAAACGAGAACAGGAUAUAAUAUAUGAGAGGAAGCUUCAGAAAGAGAGGAGCAAGGAGGACCACCUUUUUGGGGACAAGGAUAAGUUUGUAACAUCUGCCUACAGAAAGAAACUUGAGGAACAGCAAAAGUGGCUUGAGGAAGAGAGAAUGCGGCAACUUCGAGAAGAAAGGGAAGAUGUAACUAAAAAGAAGGACCUGAGUGAUUUUUACUUCGGACUUGAGAAGAAUGUUGCUUUCGGUGCACGGACGCAUGGCAAUGCAAAAGCUGCUGACCCUCAAAAGUCAGACAAUAAACCAGAGGAUACUAAAUCUAACAGUGUUGAUGCUGAAGUCUCCGAACCUUCUCCAAAGCGUAGAAGAGAAUCCAGUGUUGGACCAGAGAGGGCUAAGAGUGUGGAAGAACCCUCAGGAAGUCAACCGAAGGAUUCAACAGCUGCUGCAUCUACUGAGAAAACUGGCGCUGAUGCUCCUUCGAAUGCUUCUCAGACCCCACAGAACAUUCAGCCAGCAAAGGUUACUGAUGAUCACUACAAAAGAAGUGAUGAUGCACUUGCUGCUGCGAGAGCACGAGCUCUGGCCCGGAAGAAAGCGAAAGAGCAGCAAUUGUGAAGUACAAGGCAGAAAAGUUUGCGGAUCUUUUACUCCUUUAGGGAUAAUGUCAAAUUUUAUUUGAUAGGGUUGUGUAAAAGAUUGCCAACUGAUAGCUGCCUUGCACAUUGAAAAACAUUUUUGAGUGUAUGUUGCACAUGUAUCUUGUAAAAAAACCCUCGACUUUGAUCAGCACGCACUAUGAGAGUAAAAUGUCAGUGUUUUGUGAAAAAAAAAUCAGGACUCAGGAGGGAAGAGUAAAUUUACUUCUCUGAACAUUCUUUCUGUAAACUAACCUGUUGGUAGUAAACAAAGGUUCUAUGCAGUUGUGUUA